UUGUGGUGAAACCUGGAUUCACAUAUCAUUAGUGGGAGACAUGGAAUCCACAAGAGUUUUUGGAGCAAAACUUGGAUUUAAACUCUCUAUUCGUUCUCAGGCGAAUGUAUUGUCGUCAUGCAAACCCUUUCGUUUCCCGCCAACGUCAUUUCCCGGCAAGCCUCCCAAGCUUGUUCCUUUGAAGGCCACUACUAACACUCUGGCUUGUGAAGAUGAAAAUAAUCGCAAGUUCAAGAAGAUGGAGCCUUCAGAGUGGGGUCAUCAAUUCAUCGAUGCUCAUGUUGAUGUCGCUGAAAUGGAUUCGCUUGGUAGAGAAAUUGAAGCACUAAAGCCAAAAGUGGGGGACAUGUUCUUGUCUUCCAGUGACCUUGAUUCAACCAAGAAGAAUAUCCUUUUCAUCUAUUUGCUCAUGAGCCUUGGUGUCGCAUAUCAUUUCGAAGCUGAGAUAGAGGAGAAUCUUAAAGAGGGACUUAAAAGGAUUGAAGAGAUGUUGUCUGGUGAAGAUGAUUUGUACAUAGUUUCCAUCAUCUUUUGGGUUUUCAGAUCAUAUGGUCACAACCUUUCUCCCGAUGUUUUUAAGAGAUUCAAAGGGGAAAAUGGAAACUUCAAAGAAUGUCUUGCGGAGGAUACGAAGGGUAUCUUAAGCUUGUAUGAAGCUGCUCAGAUGGGAACAAUGACAGAAUAUAUAUUGGACGAAGCCUUGAGCUUUGUAUUGAGUUACUUAGAGCCGCUAGUUGCAAGUUGGACAUGCCAACCUCAUCUCUCCAGGCGUAUACAAAAAGCUCUGGGACAACCGCAACAUAGGAACAUGGAGAUAUUAAUAUUAGUUGCAAUGGAAUAUAUCCGGUUCUACGAACAAGAAGAAGGCUAUGACAAGACGCUACUAAUGUUUGCCAAGCUUAACUUCAAAUACCUUCAGCUACAUUACCUUCAAGAACUGAAAGGCCUCUCAAAAUGGUACAAGGAGAAAGACUUCGAAUCUAACUUACCACCUUACUACAGAGACAGAUUUGUGGAAAUGCACGUCGUUGCGCUAGCAUACUUAGAGCCAAAUCACUCACGUUUGAGGAUUAUGCUAACUAAGAUGUUCGUACUUCAAAUAAUUCUUGAUGACACAUGUGACAGAUAUGCUUCUCUUCGUGAAGUUGAAAGCCUCGCUAAUGCAAUCGAAAGGUGGGAUCUCGAUGAUCCCAUGGAUGGCCAACCAAAUUAUUUGAAAUUUGUGAUUAAAUUUAUAUUCGAUACUUUCCAAGAGUUUGAAAGAGAAGUGGCAUCAGAAUUAGGAGGAUCUUACAGCUUAAAAGCUACAAUUGAGGAGUUCAAGAGACUCACGAGAGCCAAUCUCCAACUCGCUAAAUGGUCAGAAGCGGGUCAUGUCCCUAGUUUUGACGAGUAUCUAAAAGUUGCUGGAGUCGAGAUUGCUGUGGAUUUUACUUUAUUUGGUAUUUUGGUGGCUAUGAAAGAUAUCUGCAAGGAAGAAGCGGUUGCGUGGUUGAAAUCUAGAGACAAGCUUGCGAUAUUAAUGCAUACAGUAGGAAGAGUGAGGAAUGAUAUUUUUGGCUUAAAGGAUGACAUGAGCAGAGGAUAUGUCACGAACUCGGUAAACUGUUAUAAGAAGCAAUAUGGAGUUACAGAAGAAGAAGCAAUUAGAAAGCUUCAUGAAAUUGUUGCAGACGCUCAAAAGAUGAUAAAUGAGGAGCUUUUGAAGCCAAUUAAUGUGCCACGCGAAGUUCUAAACGCAAUGGCGACCUGUGGACGUAUGGUGUUUGUUAGCUACGAAACAGAUGAUCAAUAUACCCGUCCUGGUGGAAAAUUCAAGAACGACAUCACUUCUAUGUACCUUGAUCUUUGA